UUCAGAGCCUCCAGCAGAAACUCUUCAAUGUCUUGCAUGUUACAGACUUCACUGUUCCCAUCAGCUUGGAAAUAACAUGUGGCUCUUGACGGCUCUGCUUCUUUGGGUUCCAGCUGGUGCGCAAGCGGACCUUACAAAGGCAGUGAUCACCUUGCAGCCUCCAUGGGUCAGUGUAUUUCAAGAGGAAAACAUAACCUUAUGGUGUGAGGGACCCCAUUUGCCUGGGAACAGCUCUACACGGUGGUUUCUCAAUGGCACAGCCUUUCAGACCUUGACCCCCAGAUACAGAAUCGCUGCUGCCAGUGUCAGUGACACUGGUGAAUACAGGUGCCAAACAGGUCUCUCAGUGCCAAGUGACCCAGUACGGCUGGAAAUCCACAGAGAUUGGCUACUACUCCAGGUCCAAAGCAGAGUCUUCACAGAAGGGGAACCUCUGACCUUAAGGUGUCAUGGAUGGAAGAAUAAGCUGGUAUACAAUGUGGUUUUCUACCAAAAUGACAAGGCCUUUAAGUUUUCUCCUCAGAAUUCUGAAUUCACCAUUCUGAAAACCAGCCUGAGUCACAAUGGCAUCUAUCACUGCUCAGGCAUGGGAAGGCAUCGCUACACAUCACCAGGAGUCUCUAUCACUGUGAAAGAGCUAUUUCUGGCUCCAGUGCUAAAAGCAUCCUUGUCGUUACCACUCCUGGAGGGGCAUCUGGUCAACCUGAGCUGUGAAACAAAGUUGCUCCUACAGAGACCUGGUUUGCAACUUUACUUCUCCUUCUACACGGGCAGCAAGAUCCUGAUGAGCAGGAACACAUCCUCUGGAUACCAGAUACUAACUGCUAAAAGAGAAGAUUCAGGGCUAUACUGGUGUGAGGCUACCACAGAAGAUGGCAGUAUUGUCAAGCGCAGCCCUGAGUUGGAACUUCAAGUGCUUGGCCUCCAGACACCAACUCCUGUUUGGUUUCACGUCCUUUUCUAUCUGGCAGUGGGAAUGGUAUUUUUGGUGGACACCAUUCUCUGUAUGAUUAUACAUAAGGAACUGCAAAAACAGAAACAGUGGAAUUUAGAAAUCUCUUUGGGCUCUGGUCCUAAGAAAAAUGUAACUUCCUACCUUCAAGAAGAUAGAUACUUAGAAGACUUAGAGCUGAAAUGUCAGGAACCAGAACAGCUGCAAGAAAGGAUACACCAGAAGUCCCUAGAGGGAGGGCAGCAGUAGCGGCCCAGUGGGUGCCCACGGGUCUAGACAGCCCCUCCCUCUUCUUAUCCGGGCAAGCACUGGGGCACAAACAGCCGGAACUUUAGACACUGAACUGUGAGUCCCAUGAUAAUCUGACUCACUCAAAUAAAGCAAACAAAUGAAUGGA